AACGUGAAUAGACGAGUAGAUUUAGUAAUAGGUUGUUAUGUAACUUCAAACUCGCAUUGUCUAUGUAUACAUCAUAUUAAGUUAUAUUUAGUGCUUAUAUUUGAUGGAUUAGGUAGUCGUGUCUUGUAAACUGUGCGCUUUAUUAGAAUUAUCUUAUAUUUACAUACGCACGGGCAGGGGAGGAAGACUUGCAGACGGAACUGGACAUUUUGUUAUCCGGGUGAAAAAUUAUAUAUUAUAAAUUUAUUAUAAUAUUAUCAUAAUCGCACGAAAUAGAAAUACGUGUAUUAUACUAGUUAUAUUACACAAUGUCGGAAGAAGGGGAGGGGCAAAAGCACGGGAUAAUAUGAUUUUUGAAGUGGCUUCACAGUCGCACGACUGAAUUUCAGGGAGCAACGCAUUAUUGCUCAUGCGUCGCAUGGCGCCGAUCCACAAUCAUGAAUCAUUGUCCGUUGAUAAGAGAUAAAGACAUUUCGUAACUCGCAACGCAAUCUCCUAAGGCCCAAGCGUAACUCUUGAACUCUCAAAUAGUCAAAUCUGAAAUUGUGAACGUUCAAGUGACACACAUCAAUUAAACAUGCAUCGGCGAUGUUGUUUUUUUUGUCAGACUUCAGCGUUGAAAGUGCCAGGCUUAAUACUACACAAUUUCCCUAAAGACUUAUCACUCCGCAAUAUUUGGCUAAAACGCUGUGGAUAUACCGAAGAAGAAUUUUUUCCGUAUAACAAACUAUGUUCAUUACAUUUCGAUGGAAAUUCUUAUAAAAACACUAAAUUGAGAAAGUUAUUAAAAAACAAUGCCAUUCCAACAAAAUUUAAAAAAAUUUCUAAAUUCAAUUUUGUUGAAUGUGAACAGUCAAGUUCGAAAAUAACAAUGAAAGUGUCUGACCAGACAGUUGAAUGUAAGCAGUCUAGUUCAGAAAUGACAAUAAAUGUGGCUGAUCAGACAGUUGAAUGUGAGCAGUCUAUUUCAGAGAUGACAAUGAACAUGUCUGAACAGACAGUUGAAUGUCAUCAGUCUAGUUCAGAGAUGACAAUGGACGUGUCUGUUCAGAGAAAGAAUAAUUCAAAUUUUGUUAAUACUAGAUUACAUUAUUUAAUGUUAGCAGUUGAAUGUGAACUGUCGAGAUUAGGGGCAAAAAUUAACAUGUCUGAUCAGAUUGAAUAUGAGCAGUCUAGUUCGGAGAUGACAAUGAACGUGUUGAAACAGAUUGAAUGUGAGCAGUCUAGUUCAGAAAUGACAAUAAAUGUGUCUGUUGAGAGCAGGGGCGUAAUUUCCACUUUUUGAAAGGUAUGCUAAUAACUUCUCGUAUCCAGUACAAUAAAAUCAAGUACUAUACUUCAUUGAGCAAUAUUAUUUUGUUAUUAUGAAUCUUAUUAUAAAAAGAAAACAGUUUUUGUCUAUUCAAAGAUUUGUUAAAGAUUUACAGCUAUAUUCCUGUAUCUUGGCUGAAUUUGCGUGAUUCAAUGGUAUUAUUUUUAUAAUUUUUUUAUUUUUACAUACAAUUUUAUGCAUAGUUACUAAUCUUACUAAUAUAGUAAUAUGCCUUCCUGUUUUUUGUGUGACUUAUUUUAUCAGUCCAUAAAUCUGUUAAUAAUACAUAUUCAUAUUUUUUAUAGCAUUAAUGAAAUAACAAAGUUUGUUUGUAAAAAGUCAAACUGUUUCAGAAUUUUUGAGUUUUUAUUCAUAUAAAAAACAUUUAAAAUAUAGUUAUUAAUUAAAUUAGCCAUCAUCAAAAUCUAAUUUCAAAUAACAUUAACCUAGAAAUACAUCUACCAGAAUCAUCUAAUUAAAUACUUUUUUCCUAUCAUAAACACAGAAAAAAUUAUUUUCAACUAGUUUUUAGAUUACUUAUAAAAAAAAUUACAAUAAGUGCUUUACAAUUAAUUAUAGUCCGCUUCACGAAAACUGGCGGAUGACCGCAACGAUCCAAGCGGUCUAUUUGUUGUAGUGGUUAUUAAACAAUUUGCCACGCUUUUCAAAUACGUACGCCGUAUAAGCAUGCCUAUAAGCAAUCGAAAAUGAUAUUACAUUUUUAAAUAUUUAAUUAUUAUUAUUUAUUAUAGUAUUCGACAAAUGUUUAUAAUAAUAAAAGUAAAAAUGCAAAUUAUAAUUUUAUAUAAUACUUGAAUACCGACUUACAAUAUAACAACAAAAUACCAAAAUCAAAACUUAAAAAACAAAAAACAAAAAAAUUAACCUAAUAAUACAAGUAAAAUUAUAUAAUUUUUUUUAAUUACAUAUCCCGUCACUUCCUGGAAAUCCUCAUCGCAGGCUGAAAAGGAAAUGGUUUAGGGAUCAUCUAACUUAAUCCUAA